UUUACCAAGGAUCUGUAUCAUCAUACGUUCCGGUUGAGAAUAUGACACGUUUAUUACGAAAAUUCUCGAACUAUUUUUUUGCGCUAUACCCCGUUUAUUCCCGUGAAAAAUGGCCGCGAUUUUCGAUCUCAACGACCCAGAAAAAUGAUAAAUUUCGAACCGAAAAUUUUGCUCCACGCAGCGCGCCAACUACGAUUUUUAAAUUGAAUGUUACGUCGAAUGGAAGGAGAAUUAACGAUCGGAUUCGUAAAAUUUGUUCUCGCGUAAGUUCUCUUUUUUUUUUCUGUUUCAGAAGAUCAAGAAGACGAAAUCGUCACCAAAUUUGAUACGCGCUUCUGUUAACACGUUAACAGAUACACUUCGCGGCCAGUCGAGAAAUUUCGUUAUUAGCGCCAAUUUAAACGGUAUUGGAGCGGCCAGGCAAAACUGUGCGGAGGUUUUGAAAAAAAUCGCGAGCUAUAAUUGAAGCAAAUCGUGUAACACGGGACGCGAUAACUACUCCCAGGAUCGGAAGUAACGGGCUCGAGGGAGUGGAGUAGUGUUUUCGAGCGGGCGAUUACGGUAUCCGCGGAGAUCGUGUGCACACGGUGUUGGCAAUUUAUCGUUUCAAUUCCAACGUUGCAAACCUCGUUCACCUCGUAGCAAUGGUACGCGGAAUGGCACAAUCCCUUCUUCUUCUUCUUCCUGUUCCUCCUCCCAUUACCGAAUCCAACGGGGAGUAAAAAGAAAGGAGGAAAGGAAGAGGGGUGGAUGAAAGCGUGCCACUAUUUUUUAGGGUUUCCUCGUCCAGAUGGGGAUAAAUUGUCGCCGAAAUAAACUGGGCUCGCAGGUCACGUGAAAGCGUUCAUCGGCCUGUGGGAAGACGAAUGAACCGCAGUUACCGGCUCCGAGGAGAUGUGUCCAAUCCGUGAAAAGGAGACGAUGUUUUCAUCCGGCGACGGAAGUUGGAUUGGAUCGAUGAAGAUUGCGAAAUUUCUCUUGCGUUUAUAAACUUUUACCCCGCUUCGAAACGAGUGGAUGGGGAUUAUUCGUUUAAAUUUACAAUAACGAUCGAUCCGUCCGUUGCGAUAUUCCAUCGAGGAGUCUACCACUCGGCAAACGGGCAAUUUUCCUUCCCUCCUUUGUGGCCAAAUGAUCGGUGUCAGCCGGACGAGUGGAACCAUCCCUCCGACAUAUUUGAUCCGCAAAUCCGAUUCUUUCUUCUUCCUUUCUCAAGCCGGUCCCCAAGACCACUCGGAAUCACCCGCCUCCCUAUUCAAAAGGGGAAAUGAGCGUCGAGGACAGCUAGCGAAUAAAGAAGGGAAAGGAAAAGAGAGAGGGAUUUCGAUUCUAUUCUCUCGAUAAUCACCUUUCAUAACCGCGUUUUUCUCUCUCAUUAGCCUGGCUCGGUUUUCAUCCGCCGAGACACCAUUCGCGUUUAUAUUCGAGGGGAAAUUCUCCACUCGAUAUCAGCGGUCGUUCCGAAUCAAUCUCCAGGGCGCUUCGCUUCCGAGGAGGAUAUAUGUUCCUCUCUUCUUCUUUCUCCGCGGUGUUAGACAAGAUUUACGAUCGUGACGAAAUGUCCAGCGUGUGGAUAAUACGGAAAUAAUGGAAAUAUCGCGGCCGUGAUACAAUUGCGAGAAAGGAAAGGAAGAGUUAGAGUUGAUGCGAAUCGAAGAUAACCUCUCUCCCCAACAUUUCGAAGAAUGAUAUGUAUAAAACAUCCUGAUUCAUCCUUGGAGUAAAAGAAAAGGAGAAAAAUAUUAUUUCUUUAGAGAGGAAUCGAGAACAAUUCGUCAGGAAUGUUGCUGAUGAAAUAAUCGAUCAUCGCAUUAAUCUCACCGCGAGGUAUCGUUGAUGAUGCACUCACUUCGCCAUGCCACGCCGUUUACCGCGAUCGAAGCCGGUUUAUUAUUCGGCCGAACUCGCGAUACACGACUAAUUGGGUCUAUUAACGAGCACUCGCCAUUUGGUUGGCGGUCGAUCAUUGGACCUACCAAAAGAUUUCCGACGUAUUCGCUCUGCUACACUUGGACGAUCGCCAUGCGGCGUUUCUUGCUGCUUUCGCUUCUGUUCACGAGUCAACAUUCUGGAUCGUGUUUCGAACGCGACAAGAGGUAUUUGGUGUUUCCAACGCCUGGAACGAACGCGCCGACCAAAGUCCAGUUCAUCCUCGGCCUCGGUUUACCCAUGGAAGUCGACGUCAGCACGAUUAUCGGAUAUGUGAUGAAAUUUAAUUACGCCCUGCCCUAUAACGCCUCCUACUUGACGGAUUCAUACGUUCGCUAUGACAGAUCGAUCAGCCCCGGUGUCGAGGUCGACGGGAAUGACGAGCCGAACCCCGAUUACCAAGGCGUGGCGCGCGCCCUCACCAGAUGGGAAAUUUACGAGAUCCUCGAGUCGGCCCUCGGUGACUCGCGAUCGGGAAAAGCGUGCCUGUUGAGGGCGAUCUGCGAGGCCUCCGCGUCGCCUUUCGACGGAGUUCACGGCCUCGCCUCCCAGCUCGUCCAUCUUCUCCUCACACCGUCGACCACCUCCGAGGCCUUCAGGACCGACUUUGAUCGAGUGUAUCACGCCGCUGAAAUUAUGGGCCGACGAGGGAUCGACUCCUGCGAUACUAUAUUUCCCGAAUGCGAGGAGAGCCCCCUGGAUUACUUCACCGAGGUCCACGAACGAUUCGGCUAACGCUGUUUCUGAAUAAUACUCGAUCGAUGGAACAAUAAAUUCUACGCUCCAACUUUA